AUGAUGAUCUAUCCGAACAUCGUAAACAUGCUCGGCGAGAUGACCGUGGACGUGAACGCGUUGUGCCUGGAUCGAAGUCAGACGUAUAUUCUUAUGAUAGAGGAGAGAGAGGUUGCCUCUUGCUAUGUGCUCAACGCCGCCAUCGCCCGUUGUAAUCUGCCGAAAAUCUACGACUGGGGCACGAAGACCGUCUACUUCCAACCGCAAUCGAAAGGUGCCAACGACGAGAAGGCGUUUGUCGGAUACAUCUAUUUCGUGCCGCCUACAUUGGACCCUCAGAGAUUGGAUAUAGGAAGCAUUUACGAGUGGUACAAGAACCCGAUGCCAAAUUAUAUCAAAAAAUUCCGUCCCGAACAUCGCACUUUGGCACGACUGGCGACGUACACGAAUCGUAACAGCUACGAGUAUCGGUGGAAGCCCCAGGAGGAGGUCAUUAAUCUCAAUCAGGUUCAACAAUGGUAUAUGGAUGAUUGGGAGCGCUGGAACACUCUGUACACGUACCGGGUCGGGUAUCUGAAACUGGCCCCCAUACGACCAAACGACCAGAACGGAACAGAAUUGCUGUCUGGGACUAUCAAAGCGGAUUCACUGCAGUCGGGUGGAGCACUCAAGCAGCUUGUGCCCCUACAGCCCUUGCCUGCUUUUCGGCGUCAGGAGACUGUCGCGCAACUAGGACAGUCUCAUCUUCUUUGGAGGAUUGGUGACCCGCGCCGAUUCCGCUGCAUUGGCUCUGGGCUCCAGAAGAUAAUCGCUUCGGCCAGACCACCUACUCGCAGCAAGAGCGGGAUGAGCGGACCGAGUUCGUCUCAAAGAAAUCGAAGGAAAUGUGCCAUGACUGAGACUUUCCGUGAUAUCACCUGCACGACAGUGAUCGGCUCGAAGAAUUGCUACAUGUCCGCACAAAACAUCUACGGUUCAUACGCUCGGCAAAGGAAACACUUUCGACAAUAUGGACACCUCGUAACACGUUUUAUGACGCAUUACGGUCAAGUAUGCUGUUAUGAUGAAGCCGGAUUUCUUAUGCAGACACCUUAUCAGCCAGUUAUCAAGACGCAAAAGGAGUACUUCUACAAUCCUGGAUAUCCGCUCAGAGCGUACGAGUUCGGCACACCGCCAUAUAUGGGACAGUUUGAGGGUCCUGGUCUAUCAGUGUUCCAUAACGACUAUAUGCCAUACUUUUUGUGCUGCAAAUUCGCCGACUUCCGAUGCCAAAUGUUCUACUGGAGGCGGCCGUCGUCGGCCUGCCAGGAGUACCAGCCACCUGCAACCGGGCAAGUGUCCGGUGCUGGUGUCUUCAACACAAUAGACAACGACAAGUUCAUCUUCAACGAGCCUGGCGUGUGUACAACUUCUGUAUGUUCCGAAACUGUUCGAUCGCCUGAAGUUCGCGUGCAAGUCCGAAUGGAGCAAUAUCCCAAUAGAAAGGUGAUUGAUUGCUCACAUACCACAUCGGAAAUAACCUUGCCUAUUUUUGUUGUUUCUGUCCAAUUGAGCGGAACCUGCGCGUGUGUUCUCUGUCUGAUCGUGGAACAACCCGUCGAGCGAGGCCAGCCGGAAAUCUACGUCGUUCUGGAGGAAGCGCAAAUUGGAAUUCGAGUGCGUGAGAGCUAUGCGCUCGACAUUGACCGACUUCCAAUGUAUCAGGAGAGUAUGGGCAUGCUAGACGUCCCAAUAUCUGUCCCUCCGCAGUAUGGAGUGAGACCGCGGUGUGACAAGACCCGGGAGGCCGAACAGCGACAACGGUACGAGCUGCCGCGAAUCAGCGGGCUCAUGAGACCGUUCCCAGAGCAGAACAACGCCGCCGUCAUGCAGGGACUCACGCUCAAUGACGUCAAUUCAGAAACAUAUCGGCAACAGAUUAUCAACAACUGUACGCGGGAUGAAUAA